UGAGUGACACGAGCUUACAAUUGAUUACGCCUGCCGAAUUCGCAGACCAAAAAUGACCCAAGCGGAAGAGCUCCUUGAGGUUAAGAAUCUCUACCACAGCAACGUACCAGACGAUCAGCAUUCACCUAGCCACAGUGAGAAAGAUCACCAGCAGCCGAGCAACAGCGAGCCGAAUAAUCUCAACACAGUACGAUCGGUGUCGGAAAAGAUCGAGCAUAAUGGCGAUCACAGCGAUACGGUUGUUCGUGCUGCCACCGACGGUGCCUCUUUCAUCCACGGCAGUGCUCCGAGCGGCCAAUGGGUCAAACAGACUCAAUGGCAUCCACACGUAUACGCUAACCCACCGAAGCAACCUCCGACACCGCACUCUAUAAUGGACAUUCUCGGGUGGAAGGGAACCUCACUGGCAAAGUGCACUUCCAGCAGUCCGCAUACAGAUGCUGCACUUAAGGAAAAUCACACCAAACCUUACAGUGGCCUCUUCGGAGCGCCAACCCCGGAGGAUGAUGUUUCUUCCCUGUACUACCGUCCGACUGAUGUCGAGAAGCGGCGAGUGAUAGAGGACGAGGACAAUAUUACCGUCGAUCAGGAUGACGAAAGUGAGGAUGAUGUGGAGGACAAAGGGAUAAAUGUUGAUCGUUCGCGUCCGAUGAGUCCUAACGAUGAACCGCUGAAUCUGUGCAUAUCAAAACCUUCGACAGAGUUCAACGUUUCAGCUUUAGUCUCCACAACGGAUACAACGACGACUGUCGGUAGAAGAACGCCUAGUCUGGGCCGAAGCUCGUUGGAUCGUUUGCACGAGCGGAAAAUUACAUCCGAGGAAGACUCCACACAAGAGUCAACACGAUCCUCCUCGGUACAUUAUCAUCAGCGACACACAUCCGCCCGCUCUUCCACGUCCGCCCAAUACCCACGUCCAAGAAGUGUAGUUCCUCCGGCAACCUUAGCACACUCGAGUGAUGCCGACUCGGACAUCUGCAUGUCGAACGAUGACUCCUCGACUACCGAUGGUCACUUUAGUGCCGUUAACGAUGCUGUUGCCUCGGCCACCAUGACCAUGUCGACGCUAUUUUCGCUUCCCAAACCGGCGGGAGCAGCACUGAUGGCCACGAACAGCAACGGCAGUGGUUCGGUGCAGGAUGAAGAGGACUCGACCAAUACCGGUAGCCACCACAGGCGCAAGAAAAAGGCUCGCACCACAUUUACGGGUCGUCAAAUCUUUGAACUAGAGAAACAGUUUGAGGUAAAGAAGUAUCUGUCGUCGAACGAACGGACCGAAAUGGCGAAAUUGUUGAACGUUACGGAAACACAGGUUAAAAUAUGGUUUCAAAACCGGCGCACCAAAUGGAAAAAGCAGGAUAGCGGCAGCAGCGGCACGGCGGUUGGUGGUGACAUUCCGUCCGUUGCCAUCCCAUCCUCGUCCACCACCUCCUCCCAUUCAUCCCAUUCGUCAAAGGAGGCAGCCAAAGCGGCUGCUACUGCUGGUAGUGGACGCACUUCGAACGCAGCUUCCAAAUCAACCACUACCCCAACUACCACCGGCACAGAGCAAUCAGUAAAACUGGCGUGGAUCAAUGAGCUAGAAAGCGUGCAGGAUGUACCUGCGCCACCGUCACAGCCAUCGUCAACGAAAUCUCGCGCGUAUCUGAAAGCGACGGGUAGUGGUGGUACCGCUGUAAAGAAAGGUUCAUCCGGUACCGCUGAGCAAAGACGCAGUGCGAGCAAACAGCUCGAGCGUCAUCUAGCGGUGGGUGGCAGCGGCACGGAUCGUCGUAGCAACAGCAAUAGCAGCCGAAGCAAUAGCGUCCCAGUGGAACACUCUCACCCACAGAUGGCGCAGUCCGCAUGA